CAGUAUUUUGUGGAUUUGGCAGAUUAAGUAGAUUAACCAUAAAUAAUUUUUAAAACAUUUAAAAUUCGAUGCCAAUACAAUUUAUUAGAUUAUACCGUCACAAUUAUAAUUAGUAAGAAAGUAAUUUUCCACAUUUAAUCAGGUAUAGUAUACGUGACAUCAAACAGCCAGUAUAGCUUGUGAUAACCAUAAAUUUUUUGUUUAUUGCAUCACAAUCAUUACGAUAUUUGGAUAAAUAAGUGAGAAAAAGAUAAUUGAAGACGGCGGGUCGAAGCAGCAGUAUGAGGAGAGCUCGAGACGGUUAUCAAUAUCAGCCUAUUCCACGGGCCCCAACUGAGGAUGUUUUGGAACAUGAAAAUGAACGAAUGACUGAAGAGCUCAGUGGAAAAAUCUCAACACUUAAACAUAUGUCAAUAGAAAUCGGAAAUGAAGUUCGUUAUCAGGAUAAAAUUUUACGUAGUCUGGAUGACGACGCUGACAGAAGCUCAGGAUUUCUAGGAAAAACGAUGAGCAGAGUCCUUAAACUUGGCAAGGGAAAUCACAACUACUACAUCUUUUAUUUGUUCCUAUUUUCGAUUUUUGUAUUCUUCGUGCUGUACAUUGUUUUAAAAUUCAGGUGAUGAUUGGGUCAUGGCUUAAGGUUCUCACUUACUUUCCUGUAUAUUAUUGGUAUUUAUAUGUAAAUAAUUUAAAUGUACACUUAUUAUAAAUAAAUUACUUAUCUUUGA